CAGCCUCGCUGCUGCUGCUGCUGCUGCUCCAUCAUCAAUGUGUUGUUUGCAUCGAAUAACAAUACCUUAACAACGAUAGCAAAGAUAUCCACCACCACCACCACCACCAUCACCACCACGCCGUCAAUGCCGCAGUAUCAAUAAAACCACAUCGAUACACUCCCACCCAUCCCUUCCUCCACCUUCCCCAUCGACGUCGCCGCCGCCGCCGCCAUGGCGAAAGGCACCCACUUCUCCGAGGACCCGCCCCAGGUCAUGAACCAGGCCGACCUCGAUCGCGCGAACGAGAAGCUGGCCCAGGAUCACCACUCGGAUAAGACUUCAGAAGAUGAAAUCGCGGCAAGUAACGCGACACAAGGUAACGGCGAGAAACUCGAGCAAAUUGGCACCUACGACAAAUACGAACUCACCGAGGACGAUUGUUAUGAAGAGCUGGGCUUCUGCUUUCCGACCGCCAAGAAAUGGUACAUCCUCACUGUCAUCUUCAUCGUGCAGGUCUCGAUGAACUUCAACACCUCGCUCUACUCCAACGCAAUUCCCGGAAUCAGCGAAGAGUUUGGCGUAAGUGCUCAAGCCGCGAGAUGUGGUGCCAUGAUCUUCUUGGUCAUGUAUGCCUUCGGCUGCGAGCUGUGGGCCCCCUGGUCCGAGGAAUUUGGGCGCUGGCCUAUCUUGCAGCUGUCUCUAUUCCUCGUCAACAUCUGGCAACUUCCCGUGGCUCUUGCGCCCAACUUCGCCACCAUCAUGAUCGGCCGUACUCUCGGAGGUCUGUCAUCCGCCGGCGGUUCCGUCACCCUGGGUAUGAUUGCCGAUCUCUGGGAGUCGGAUACGCAGCAGUACGCCGUGGCCUUUGUGGUCUUCUCAUCUGUGGGUGGCUCCAUCCUGGGUCCCAUCGUGGGUGGCUUUACGGAAGCAUACCUGAGCUGGCGAUGGAGCAUUUGGAUUCAGCUGAUAUUUGGCGGCGCCGUACAACUCCUACACUUUGCUACGGUCCCCGAAACGCGAACCACCAUUAUGAUGAACCGCAUUGCGAAGAAGCGGAGAAAGCAGGAUCCCAGCGCCAAUGUCUGGGGGCCAGACGAGCUGGUGCCUUUCCGUGACAGAUUCUCGGCCAAGGAGGUGCUCCUCACCUGGAUUCGUCCAUUUAAGAUGUUCUUGACCGAGCCCAUUGUCCUGGUGCUCUCGCUGCUCUCGGGCUUCUCCGACGCUCUCAUCUUCAUGUUCAUUCAGUCCUUCUCGCUGGUAUACAAGCAAUGGGGAUUCUCGACCGUGCAGAUUGGUCUGGCUUUCAUUCCCAUCGGAGUCGGCUAUCUGAUUGCAUGGGGCCUAUUCAUCCCCGCCAUUAGGCGCAACGUCAAGCAACGCCAGGCGCGCCCCGAUGACGAGAGAACGCAGUACGAGUCGAGACUGGAUCUGCUGCUGUACUUGGCACCAUGCUUGCCCAUCGGACUCAUUGGUUUCGCCUGGACCACUCAGGGCCCGCCCCUGCCCUGGAUCGCAUCGAUGAUUUUUGCCGCCAUCAUCGGCAUUGCCAAUUAUGCCAUCUACAUGGCCACCAUUGAUUACAUGAUUUGUGCAUAUGGGCCCUACUCGGCUUCUGCAACGGGUGGAAAUGGUUGGGCCCGAGACUUCCUGGCUGGUGUCCUCACCGUUCCCGCCACGCCCUUUUUCACGAACAUUGGUGCAUCGUCUGGCAGAAAUCUGCAAUACUCCAACACCAUCUUGUUCUGUAUCUCGUUCUUACUCGUGGCAGCAGUCUAUGUCAUCUACUGGAAAGGACCCGUAUUGCGGAAGCGCUCGCCCUUUGCGCAGAAACUGGCGUCUGCUAAGGCUGGCGACGAUGGGGGAAAUGCGGGAGGAAUGGACGUGGAGAAGUCUGGCCGGAACGGAAGUACCGCGUCUGGUGCUCGUCCCGGUAUGAAUGGCCGAUCAUAUUCCCAAUCGCAGCGCUUCUUUGGAGAGAACCGCGUGACUCCACGCCAGACUCCGAGAGGGACCCCAUCGGCGUCUCGCGCCAACAGUAUCGCUCACAUCCGACCGCGACCGUAGAAGGAGCGUGUCGGAGUGGAAGGAUGGUAUUGAUGCGCACAUGCUCGCUCUGCCGACUUUUGAUGUUACCUAUCGUUUUGGAACGGUACGUGCGUAUAUACUGCAUAGCGUGAAUAAUGAUGAUGACUCGCAACGCAACUUUCCAACCUGGAAGUUUCAAUGAUGACCAACAUUUAACGCGUCCCUUGUUCGUGACGCGUGUACGAUAAUGAGCUACAUGUAGGUGAGGUAUUAAACACGUUAGAGCCUUGGCAUCGGCAA